AUGAGAACUGUUGUUGGAAGCCGACGCCCGCAGGUUGAAUCAGUCCCAGUAAAUGAAGAAAUCGUCAGAGGAGAAAAUUUUCCUGCAGCUGAGAAAGUUUAUGUUGCCGUUGGAAAGGAUUUGCAUGAGAGUGCCUCUGCUCUCAAAUGGGCGCUUAAAAACUUGCAAGCAGCGUUAAUAGUCCUUCUUCAUAUUUAUGUUCCACCUCUCUUUAUACAAUCCGGAACGGGGAAUAUGCCUGUGAAGCAAGUAAGGAGCGAAGUGAAGGAGGCCUACGAGAAGAAUGAAAAGAGGGAGAUCGACAGUUGCAUGAACAAAUAUUUGCAGGAGGUUGAAGAUUCAAGGGCCAGGGAAAGCGGAUUAUGUCCGAAAGCACGCGAUCAACUCCUGCGACGUGUUGAUCAGGAUUUUACCCGAUCUUUCUCAUUGGAGCCAAACCUCCAACGAUGCUUGAGCAGCUCCAGUGAAACUUCCCCUAAUUUUCCACUGGCUGGAGAUUCUCCGUCAGCUUCGUCAGAGGAUGUGAAUGAUGUCCAGUCUGAGUCUCAAUUAUCUCCAGAGGAGAGUACAGAAAUCGAAAUCCUGAAAUUUCAGUUAAUGGAGGCGUUAGAGGUGGCAGAGAAUGCAAAAAGAAAAUUGCGAAGGGAGACCAUACAACGGAUGAAAGCACAGGCGGCUGCCAUGAAAACAAAUCGCAAGCUUAAAGAUUAUGAAGGCGCCCUGGAAGAAGCUAUGGAAGAGAAGGAAAGCGCGAUAUUAGAAUCAAAACUUAAAGAAGACAAGUGGACAUCACUGGUUAACCAGUUUUCAAAUGAACGGGACGAAGCUUUCUAUGAACUCGAAGUAGCAAGGGAGAAGUUCGCAGCGAUGGAGAAGCAAAACCACCGCCUUUUGCAAGAAAAGGAGGCUCAAAUUAAGCAGCUUCAAGGCUACUUGCGUUCUCGGCCGCGUAUGGAAACGCCUUCCUCCUCUAAUACCCUUCAAAUAAGGGUUGCAGUCAAAACCCUUCAGAGGCAAAAUAGGACAAACAAGGGUUGCAGUCAAAACCCUCAGGGAGGACAGUUUACAGUGCUGGCAGGAGUUCCAACGCGAGGAAACUGCUUCGAGCGAGGUUGUAUAAUCUAUGAGCAAAUGCCACACGGAUUCCUGGCAGAUCGUCUGAGCUGCAAAACCGGCGCUCCGCCGCUCUCUUGGCAGGACAGAACUCGCAUUGCUAUGGAAGUUUGCUCCUCUGUACAAUUCUUACACAGUUCAAAGCCAUAUCCAAUCGUCCACCGCGAUCUUAAGCCCGAAAAUAUACUCCUCGACGAGAAUGAUGUAAGCAAAACCAGUAACUUUGGCCUCGCUCGCCCUCUAUCAGAAGUUGUACAGGGAGAACCAGAGCCAGGACGCACAUUUUUGUACAUGGAUCCAGAGUAUAUGAGCAGCGGCAAAUACAAAACCAAUUCUGAUGUAUACAGCCUCGGAGUAAUAAUCCUUCAGCUUCUUACAGGGAAAUCAGCGCUGGGACUGGUAAAUGAGGUAGAAAGUGCUCUUGACAGUGGAGAACUCAAGCAGAUUUUGGAUUCUUCAGCAGGUGAAUGGCCUUAUGCGCACGCUACUCAAGUGGCUGAACUUGCAUUACUUUGCACGGAACCAGUAAGAGAGAAAAGGCCUGAUCUUGAGCCAACUGUCAUGAAAAUGCUCGAAAAGCUUCAUAACAUUGCAAUCGCUGAAAUUGACGCCGACAGGCCUCGCACAGCUGAGGUUACAGAUGUUCCUAGCUGCUUCUUCUGUCCAAUAUUGAAGGAAAUUAUGCAAGAUCCUUGUGUUGCAGCAGACGGGUUUACAUACGAAAGGGAGGCCAUGGAAGAAUGGUUUUAUCAAGGACACGACACAUCGCCCAUGACAAAUGUAAAGCUUGAGCUUAUGAGUCUGAUAUCUAACCAUUCGUUAAGAUCAGCCAUUUUACAGUGGCAAGAAAGACACGUUUAA